CGUCAGACCCGGAAGCGUGCGUUCCACGCUGGUGUUCUGUUUACUUCCGCCCGAGCCGCAGCCGGGGCAGCGAGAGGCCGAGAGAGACCGAGGAUGAGCUGAGCCAGAGUAGGCCGCAGAUAUGGAGUGGUUAAUGGGAACCCCUUGCCUUUGGAGGUGGAGAUGUCAGCGGGUCGCAGGGAGAAAAAUAGCCCACAGUCAAAUAGCCGUGCUGGCAAAGAGAUUACGUUAAGGCCACUUGUGCAGCCGGCACUCGUGAUACCUGCAAAGAAACUCAUGUGCAGAGAAAAGAAGGACUUUCCAGUACAAAUGAGGGACUGCGGGUUGAGCUGUCAAAAGAGGGACUGUCCCUCCGAAAAAGGGACAGUUGGGAGGUUAGGGUUAUGAGGAAGACGGGAUUCUUUGGUGGGCGAUCUCAACUCUGCAGACCUCCAAGAAAAAAAGUGAGAUCUAUUACAUAAUGAUAUAGUAACUACUGUGGGGUUGUGCCUGGAAACAACACUCUGGGAGAGAAUAUUGAGACCAAUGGAAAGUCAAGGAGGCAGCUCAGAAAUGUUCAAUAUGGGGCCAGUGCCAACAUUCCAGGAUAUGUUUUCUCCCCCACCUCCACAUAAGAUUCAAAUACUCUAAUCCACUAUGUUGGAUGACCCUUUGUGAUUUAAAACAAUUGUAACCCUAGCUGGAACUUCUUCUGGGGUACAUUUUUUAAAGGGGAAACGAGCCAUUUACCAAAAAAAAACCCUACCUCCUCCUCCCAGCCUAGCUACCCCCCCCCCCCAGGGAAAUGACACUAACUUUUUACUUACCCCUCGAUGCAAAGUCAGAGCAUCGGAGUUCACAGCAGCCACUAAAAAAAAUGCCCCUUAAAAUGGUUGCCUCUUCAACUUUCCACCACUUCCUUAUCUUCAUUUAGUCAACCUCACUACUACAGUGUCCUCACAGGUGUCUCCUCAGUUUAGCUUCUCAUCUUCAAACACCAACAUUCACUCACAAAUUGUCUUUAUUUAAAAACACCCAUAUCCCUGCAAUGUCUCUCUCUGACAGAAUCUUCUUGCCUUGAUGCCACCCCCCCAGUUUACCCACAUUUAAAACUUCCCAUAAAUCUCUUAGUUUAAACUCCUUAAAGACAUAUUGACAUAAACUCUUAGUACAAGUUGAUCCAGGGACUAGUCCGAUUGCCCAUUUGGGAGUCAGGAAGGAAUGUUUCCCCCUCUGAGGCAAAUUUUCACCUUCCUCUGGAUCAACUAGCAAAUAGGGCAGGUUUAACUUAAUAGACGUGAGGAUUUUCCAAGAUGAAUUAAUAUGCAUCAAUCUAAAAUACAUCAAUAUAACAUCUAUUUAUAAAUAAAUCUUUUUAUACAUAUUUUAUGGUGUUCUUGCAUUUUUUAUAGUACUAUAGUAUUGCCAGGGGACACCGAGAUGACAGACACCUGUAGUGCAAGGGAAAAGGCAACUGUAGAACCAAAUUUCAUAACAUACAUUUAUCCAGUGAAGUACAUGAAAAAGAAUUUAAAGAAAUACACACUAAUUGCUGAGAAAUAUUAUGAGAUAUUUGAUGAAACCGUGGGCAUAGUAGUUGAGGCCAGCAAAAUAUCAAAGAGGAAAAUUGCAGUGGAAGAAGAAUUGCUCAAAACAUAUAAACAAUUCAAUGAAGCCCUGGAUGAAAUGGAUAAAAGAGGAAGUUUUCCUACAUCCUCGUUGGACGAAGUUCCUGGAAAAAUAAGAGAAAACCUGCUCUCACUACGUCAUACAUUUAAAGCAACACUGAGUGAAAUGAGAAGAAAAGCAGAGUUAUCGUUGUUGGAAAAUGGAAUAACCCCUAAAAAAGAAGAAAUUGAGGAAAAUACAACGAAGCCACCAGACGCAGACAAUAAGGAGGAUGUUGCUAACCCUAAUUACGAGUUGUUCCUGAAUAUCAAGAAUUUGAAAAAAAGCCUGAAGAUGAACAGACUUCUUGGAGAGAGAUAUUAUGAGAUAUUCGAAGAAAAGGUGACAAAUCUGACAACUGGCAUGCAGAUAAUAGAUAAUGACACAAUAGAUAAUCUGGCCGCCCUGUAUGUGGAAUAUAAAGAGGAACUGGAUGAAGCAAGGAAGUCUGGAAGUAUAUCUAGCUACAGACUUUACGACCUUCCUGUAAAAAUGAAAGCAAGUGUUGUGGAAAGACACAAGAUAUUUACAGAGGCAAUGGAUGAAUUGGAAAGAAGAGGACUAGACGAAAUUACGAAACAUUUGCCUCCCACUAAAACUGAAGAAGAUGAGAUGAGUGAGAAUUCUGCUUCUGGAAGAGCCAUUACAGGGGAAGAAGGGGAAGAAAAGAAAGAAGAGACGAAAAAAGAAGAACCAAAGAGACUAUUAUUCGAUAUAGAUUUCAAAAGAGCAAAAUGUAGUCUUAUAGGAUUUUUUUUUUUCUUACUUUAUGUUUUUUCACAUAUGUAUAUGCGCUGGAAGAAAGCCGAUGAAGAUAUAGAACAGGGCUGAACCAAAUUCCAUCGAUUCUGCACAACUGACACACUUUUCCUCUUAGUAUGAAGUUGAUGCAGGGACUGGUCCGAUUGCCCUCUAGGAGUCAGGAAGGAAUUGUUUCCUCUCUGAGGCAAAUGAGAGAGGAUUCAAAUGGAGUUUUUUAUGUCUUAAGCUGGCCAUAGAUGUUGAGAUUUUUAAAAGAUCAGAUCCUCAUCGU